AUGGCUUCUAACUCUAUAACAACGAAUCCGACCUCGCAAACCGUCGCAUCUUUGCUACCAAAGCUUCAUGAUGUGGAUCCUGAUUAUAGAUUCAUGUCACUAAAUGAUCUUUAUCAAGUCUUGACGGUUGGAAAGGCGGACUUCCUCCACAAUGACUAUAGUACAGCUGCAAAGACGGUGGAUGGUAUAAUCAGAACCUUGGAUGAUCAAAAUGGAGAGGUACAAAACUUGGCCAUCAAAUGUCUUGGUCCCCUUGUCACAAAGUUACCCGGUAGCAUAAUUGCUCCUCUAAUUGAGAGACUUUCGACUUUGACAACUGAAAAUUCGGUCGAUAACUCAAUAGCUGCCAUGGCUCUGCGAACAGUGGUUGUCACUCUCCCAAGACCCGUCAGUGGUAUCGCGCCCUCCAAGGAGGUUCUCGAAGCAUACUCUGCCAUUAGCAGGGUUUUGAUCCCAAGAUUAGUCGGCCGUAUAGUCUCUCAAAAACCAGCCAGAAGCCAAGACCUUCCGAACCCUCCACCGGGAAUGCUCGACCCUUCCACAAAUCCCGAAAUCGACUCCGAUUCUGUCGAUGUUCUGAUUGAAGUUGCAAGAUGCUUUGGCCCUCUACUGCAACACGCAGAAGUUGAAGCACUACAAAACUUGGUUGUCGGUAUCCUAGAAACCGAAAGAGCUAACUCUGUCGUCAAAAAGCGGGCUGUAGUUGCUGUGUCUCUACUUGCUAUGUAUUUGACGGAUUCCGAUCUCAGUGGAUUUGUAUCUCAUAUUAUCGAGUGUCUUCGCAAUCCGCACCUCACCUCUGUACAAAGACGUUUGUACAUUACUAUUCUCGGGUCAAUGGCUCGAUCAAUACCCUCUAGAUUCGGUCCUUAUUUGAAGACCCUGGCGCCAUUUGUACUUUCUGCACUGAGCGAGCAAGAACUUCAAGAGCAGCUGGAAAAUUCUGCCGAAGAUGGCGAAAGUAAUCCUGAAAUGGAUGAUGUGAGGGAGUCCGCACUUGUGGCACUGGAUGGCUUUCUGGCUUCUUGUGGUACAGAAAUGCGAAUUCAUACAGAAGAAACAAUCGCAGCAGCUCUCAGAUUCUUGAAGUAUGAUCCAAAUUAUAACGAUGACGACGACGAUGAAAUGGGAGGAACUCAACCCGAUGAAGAUGAUAUGGCUGAUUUCGACGAUGACGAUGAUUUCGAGGCAGACGCUGGAUUUGACGACGACGAUGACGACGCAAGUUGGAAAGUCCGAAGAUGUGCUGCGAAAACUCUCUACACUUUGAUUUCAACCAGAGGCAGUGGUGAUUUACUUGAGGAUGGAACUUUAUACGCUCAAGUCGCUCCCACCCUUAUCCAGAGAUUCAAUGAACGCGAGGAGAAUGUUCGACUUGAAGUUAUCGCUACUAUGGCAUCUCUGAUUGGGAGAACUGGUGAAGGUGUCCUAAAUGACUUCUCGUCAGAUGAAUCUUUGAGUUACGCGAGUCAAGCACCUCCGAGUCGAAAGCGUAGAAGAGAGAGUAGUGGAUCAGCUACCUUUGAUACGAAAACUUUUAUUUCGAGAUCUGCUGGUCUGACAUCACCAACUAUUGAGCCGCUUCCUGUUUCUGGGCCCCGGGCAGACCUGGCAAAAUUGACCCCUAUGAUUGUAAAAGCCAUAGUGAGACUACUGAAGACAAGCUCUAUCCCAACGAAGCAAGCUCUCAUAAAUUUACUGGAUGGGAUGGUUUCAGUACAGGUUGGAGGGCUCUCCGAACACUUCAGUCAGCUUGUGGACCCUAUCGUGGAUUCCAUUAAGACACCAUCUGGAUCAUCGUCUACUGCAAUUACUAGUGGCGGUGCUGCCUCGGCAACUGCAAAUACUUUGCGAAUUGCUGCUCUUAAGUUACUAGGCGAUAUUUCACAAACCCAUUCUUCGAGCGUGUUACAGCCGUUCCUACCUAAAAUUAUCCCAUGCGUAGCGUCAGCUGUGCAUGAUAGAUUUUAUAAGAUUUCUAGUGCGGCUAUCGGAACAGCUGAGCAGCUUGUAAAAGCUUUGACACCUCCACGAUCGCAGUCGAUCAAACCAACUCAGCAAGGAGAAAUUCUGAGAUUAUACCAAGUGAUAGUUGACCGUGUAUCUGCUACCGAUGCAGAUGUUGAAGUCCGGCAACGUGCUAUACAUGCCCUGGGUGUCAUGCUCGCUCGCACAGCUAGCCCGGAAGGUUCAUCGCUUCUAACAGAAGCCAACCGAGAUGCCGCACUCAGCAUGCUCAGUGAUAGACUUAAAAAUGAAACCACUCGUCUUGCUGCUGUAAGAGCUAUCGAUACUAUUGCAGUUGGUUCACUUGAGAUUGGUUCAACCGCCAAAGACCAGCUCCAACCGACAUGGAUUCGAGACGUCUCUCUUGAACUUGCUGCACAACUCCGAAAGGCCAACAGAUCGCUUCGCGGGGCAAGUCUCGGUGCUCUGAAGAAUCUCAUUGUUUCUCCCGCAGCUAGAAGCUCUCUCGACGCACCGACCAUUCAAGGUCUUAUCGAUGCGCUUCUGCCGCUUUUGACGACAGUUGAUCUUCAUCUUCUAGGUCCAGCACUACUAGUAUUGGCUAAUCUGGUCAUGGAUGAAGCGAAGCUUGUUGUAACCGAUCAGUUGAAUUCUGCUCUGUGUGGAUUGUUGACCUCAACAUUAGGUGGCGCUGUACUCGAUGCAGUCCUUCUCUUGGUCGCUAAUAUCGGCAAACAGGGAGUUGGUCAACCUUUGAUGUCUGGUUUGUUGAGGGAUGUUAGUACUGGUGGAGACUCAACGGUUGUAGGCAAAGCUAUUGGCACACUUUUGGUAUUCGGAGGAUCUUCAGUCGGUGUAACACUGGACAACUUCUUGGGCGAACUACAAAACUCUUCUUCGGAUGAGGCGAAACAAUGCUUAGCCUUGGCUGUUCUCGGAGAAGCUGGAUUGCAACUGGGAACAAAGUCGCCGUUGAAGCCAUCCACAUUCACAGCUCGUUUCAAUUCCACCUAUGACAAAGUUCCUCUUGCUGCAGCAAUUGCAUUGGGACGUGCAGGAGCUGGAAACAUAUCUUUGUAUCUUCCAGAGAUAUUAAAUAUGAUCAAAGGCGGAAACGAAUUUUUACUGCUACAUUCUAUCAAGGAAAUACUUCAGCAGGCUGGCAACAGUCCUACUGCCAUCACCAAGCACACUACUUCUCUUUGGGAAAGAUUGCUUGCUGCCUCCCAAGCCGAGGAUAACAAGGCUAUUGGUGCAGAGUGUAUUGGCCGUUUGACAAUGAUUGAUCCCAGAGUGUUCAUGCCACAACUAAAGGGCUACCUCGUAAACCCAUCUGCCUCGAUCCGAGCCAUGGUUAUCCAAGCGAUUCGUUUUACCUUAUCUGAUAGUGAUGAUUCGCUCGACUCGGUGUUGAGGAUAAUGUUGAUCGAUAUGCUCAAGGUCAUGCUGACUGAUACUGAGUUGGAGAACCGUCGAUUGGCGCUAACUACAUUGAACGCUGCUGCUCACAACAAGCCAGAUCUCAUUAACCCAAACCUUAGUCAAUUACUUCCUCUUGUUAUGAAUGAAUCGGUGAUCAACGAAGACUUGAUUCGUGAGGUUAUGAUGGGACCUUUCAAACACAAGGUUGAUGAUGGUCUGGAAGUCCGAAAGAGUGCAUACGAGACUUUAUAUGCUCUUAUGGAGACAGCAUUCUCACGUAUGAACAUUCUUGACUUUUACGAUCGUAUCAUCGCCGGUUUGAAGGAUGAGCAUGAUAUCCGAGCUCUUUGCAAUCUCAUGUUGAACAAAUUGGUCGUUCUGGAUCCCGAUGAGACAGCUCGACGUCUCGACCUGAUUGCAGAUUGCUUCCGCGUUACUCUAUCAAUCAAAUUGAAGGAUACAGCUGUCAAGCAAGAAGUCGAGAAACAAGAUGAGGCAGUCAAGAGCACUCUUCGCUCGACACUGAAUCUUCAUGCUCGAAUCCCAGCAGCAAGUACAGGUGUGGGUGUGCAGGGCAGUCAAUAUCAGACAUGGAGAACCUAUUUUGAAUGGGUAGAGAAAGAUUUCGAAGUGCAGUUAAGAUCGUUGAGGGAAGAGAAACAAGAUACCAUUGUUUGA